AUGUACGACUCGUUGAAGCGCGAUCGCGCCCUUAUGAUCACGGCUUCAGCCAUCACAACCUUGACCCUAUUAUCAACGAUCAUCGUACUACCAAUGGCUACACUAUACGUUCAGCAUAGAAAUACCAUGAUGUUGGAGAGUGUGGAGUAUUGUAAGGUGAGUAGCACUCAAAAUGGCAAGAACUUUCUUUACAAAACAGAAAAUCGCAAGAACUUUCUUUACAAAACAAAAAAUGGCAAGAACUUUCUUUACAAAACAAAAAAUGGCAAGAACUUUCUUAACAGACUUUUUUUAUAUGCCCCACAAAAAAUAGAGCGUUCCAAAAUUUCUCGUUAUCAGCCACUGUCAAUUCAGAGCUGAAACAUGAGCUAACCUCAAACUUGGGUUAUUAAACCGAAGAUAAACCUAGCCUAUUCGAAUCCCAUAAGAUGGUAAAUUGUUUUCUGAAUGGGAAACCCUUCGCUUUUCGCGCACAUUUGUUUCUUUUACCGUCUCUCUUUUUUUCUCACUCUCUCUUAAUUUGCAGUUUUUUUCUCUGGCCGCUCCCCCUUUACUGUUUGCCCUCUCGUUUUAUCAGCCCUUUUUUCUUUCGGCCAGAAAACAAAAGGCAAAAAACGAGAGAAUCAAAACGGAGAGAGCGGUCAGAGAAAAAAAAAGAAAAAAAGAGCGCCGAACUCUGAGAGAGAGCUAGGGAAGACAAUUGGCGCUAAAAAGAGGGUUUCUCAGUCAAGAAACAAGUGAUCAUUUUAUAGCAUUCGAAUGAACUGUGUCUGUCUUCGGUUUAAUAACCCAAGUUUGAGGUUAGCUCAUGUUUCGGCUCUGAAUUAUCAGUGGCUGAUAACGAGAAAUUUUGGAACGCUUUACUUUUGGUGGAGCAUAUAUAAUAAAAUACAGUCCUUGUCGAUCUGCUAUUGUUGUUUUGUAUAGAAAGUUUUGCCAUUUUUCGUUUUGUAACCGACGUUUUUGUAUUAUUCAGUUUGUAAAGAAAGUUCUUUCCAAUUUCUGUUUUGUAAGGAAAAUUCUUGCCAUUUUUUGUUUUGUAAAGAAAGUUCUUGCCAUUUCUUGUUUUGUAAAGAAAGUUCUUGCCGUUUUUUGUUUUGUAUAGAAAGUUUUUGCCAUUUUUUGUUUUUCAAAGAAAGUUCUUGCCAUUUUUUGUUUUGUAAAGAAAGUUCUUGCCAUUUUUUGUUUUGUAAAGAAAGUUCUUGCCAUUUUUUGUUUUGUAAAGAAAGUUCUUGCCAUUUCUUGUUUUGUAAAGAAAGUUCUUGCCGUUUUUUGUUUUGUAUAGAAAGUUUUUGCCAUUUUUUGUUUUUCAAAGAAAGUUCUUGCCAUUUUUUGUUUUGUAAAGAAAGUUCUUGCCAUUUUUUGUUUUGUAAAGAAAGUUCUUGCCAUUUUUUUUGUUUUGUAAAGAAAGUUCUUGCCAUUUUUUGUUUUGUAAAGAAAGUUCUUGCCAUUUUUUGUUUUGUAAGGAAAAUUCUUGCCAUUUUUUGUUUUGUAAAGAAAGUUCUUGCCAUUUCUUGUUUUGUAAAGAAAGUUCUUGCCGUUUUUUGUUUUGUAUAGAAAGUUUUUGCCAUUUUUUGUUUUUCAAAGAAAGUUCUUGCCAUUUUUUGUUUUGUAAAGAAAGUUCUUGCCAUUUUUUGUUUUGUAAAGAAAGUUCUUGCCAUUUUUUGUUUUGUAAAGAAAGUUCUUGCCAUUUUGAGUGCUACUCGCCUUAAGAAAGAAAUAGCUUUUGAAAUGGUAAACUUAAUUUUUCUUUUGGUAUAACAUGUCCCAGCAGCUCGCGGGCCUUAGAAUUACCAAAAAGGGUAGGUUAGGUUAAAAAAAACCCCCGAAUUUGCUGUUUUGUGCCGUUUUCUAACCGUCAAUGAUACCCACCUUACACUACACUCUGGUUAUUAUAAAAUUGCUUUUAAAAGUUUAUAUCUUGUUUUGUGUUUACAAUUGUUUCUUCUGUAAAGGCAUGUUUUGUCAUAUUUUAUUCUUGUUCAGGCCGAAAGCAGAUCCAUUUGGGUUCAGCUGACAAAAUAUGAAAGACUUCGUGAAAAACGUGCGGAGAAGUGGGUUGGAAGCUCAUGUAAGUUGGCUUAAUUAACGUCUAUAACGUAAACUAAAUAAAGAUUGAUAACUUUCUUUAUCUGAUAGGCUGUACCUGCCAACAAGGUCCACGUGGUGUGCAAGGUAAACCCGGUCGACCAGGAAAAGAUGGUGUACCAGGUGAUCAAGGACUACCUGGUCGAAGUGGAAAACAUGGAUCAUACUUGUCAGCUGAGUCUAUUGCUGAGGAACCUUGUCAGACUGUGAGUUUAAAAAAAUUUAAAAUUUUUUAACAAUUUGAGUUGAAAUUGAAAUUUUAGUGCCCACCAGCUAUGGUUGGACCACCUGGACUACCUGGACUGAAAGGUGAAAGAGGUCCCGCUGGGUAAGUUUUAAUUAUCCUAGUGUACCUUAUCCUACAGUACCCUACCUUACUAUAUUGUGACUUACCUGACCUUACCCUACCCUAACCUACCUUAUCACUAUACAGUAACCAACUCAAUUCUAGACCACCAGGCGAGCCAGGCUUCCCAGGAAACCCAGGAGAGAAAGGUGAGCCAGGUCCACCAGGUCCUCAAGGUCAGCCCGGUGAUCCGGGAUUCACUGGUCCAGCCGGCGAUCCAGGCCAAGUUAUAAUUGGCUCACCUCAAGGCCCACCAGGACCACCGGGACUAAUGGGACCACGUGGUCGAGUCGGAAAAACUGGUAUAGAUGGUGCACCUGGAGACAGUGGUCCUCGUGGUACUGUGGGUGAGAUUGGUGAACGUGGUACUAAAGGUCGGAGGGGCCGAAAUGGUCCUAGAGGACCACCUGGAGAGCCUGGUACUAAAGGAAUUUGUGGGCAUUGUCCUAAGCCUAACGAUGAUACCGAGACGCUGAUUGGUACUGGAGUUGAGAUUUCGAAAAGCGAUUUUGAGUACGUUACUGGACCUCCUAGUACUUUUAAGGGACAUGGUACUGGAGUUAUUGGUACUGGGUCGACUGGUACUCAUAAGUACGGCACCGGCUCAACUGGUACCCAUAAUGAGUAUGGUAUAAGAUCAGCUGGAGCACCAUCGCAGUACGUCCCAAGACCACCAGCAGUACAAGCAGAGCCUACAACAACAUCCAACCCAUCUACUACAACAUCAAAUCAACUGCCAAUCAAAGUGUAUGGUACUAAGACCUUCUCGAAACAGUUUUAUAUGAGACGACGUGGUAGAGAACGGGCGUAA